GUGGGCAGACAGCACCGUUAACUGGUUACCGGUUCUCCCAGUGUGUGUUCAGGUGCUGUUGUGAACGUUAUGAAUCUAUUUUUAGAGCUCAGGCUGCAUUAGCUUUAGCUCCUGCCCAAGUCCGACAGGCAGCCAUGGAGGCUCGGGGGAUCCAGGACAUGUUUGACUCUCGUCGGUUUCCCAAAGAUCCCGUGGUUCUCCUGCUGCUCAUGAUUUAUUUUCCAGUUGGCAUUUGUUUGAUGUUCAUCCGUAUUUUUAUCGGUGUCCAUGUUUUCCUGGUUAGUUGUGCACUUCCAGAGAGCUUUGUUCGAAGAUUCAUUGUAAGGAUAAUGUGCUCUGUCCUGGGGAUGCAUGUGAGACAGAAAAAUCCUCGCUCCAGAGAUAAGAACAUCAAGUUGUUCAUAUGCAAUCACAUAACAGAGUUUGAUCAUAACAUCAUCAACCUCCUGACUGCCUGCAGUACUCCCCACUUAGAGGGUUCCACAGGCUUCGUGUGUUGGGCAAGAGGCUUUAUGGAGAUCCAUUCAACAUCCAUGCAAGAAGCAGUAGGAGAGUCUCUCCAGAGGUACUGCUCUACUGAUGGCACUCCGCCUCUGCUCCUGUUUCCUGAAGAGGACACCACAAACGGACGCACUGGUCUUCUCAAGUUCAGCUGCUUGCUGGUGAACUCGGCCUCGUCUCCACUAAAAUCACCAAAGCUGAUAAAGCAGAGCACGUUAAAAGGAAACGACACUCUGUACCACAGAUGGCUACAAGUGUCACAUCCGGUUCCAUUGGACUCGGGUUCAUGACUCAAAGUUUGGGUACAGAUGAACGUCGGAUUGCUAAAAUGGCCCAGCAGGUGAAGGAUGUGUUGCCUCAUGUCCCACUCAACGUCAUUACAAAGGACUUGGCUACAACCAAGUGUGUGGACACGACCAUAACAAAUCUGCUGGAGAGCAAGGAGGACGCCCAGCUGGACGCCAGUGGGACGUCACCAUGUGGAGCCUCGACGAUCGGCUUUCCUUCACUUUCUGCUUCAACCGUGAAGCCUGCUGCCAAAACCUUUGGAAAAUACCCAGUUGACAGACAUUUGUCUCUCCAACAAAGAAAAGAAGCGUUGUAUAAUUUUGCACGCAGGCGUUACAUUGAAAAGCACAGACUGGAUGAGGAGGACAGUCAGUGAAUCAUCUUUGAGUCAAGCAGGUCUAAAAGAAGCAUCUUGAACGUGCACUGCUUUCUGCUCUGAACGGUGAUUUGUUGUUUAUUUUAGAUCAGCUGGUUCUGUUGAUUAAAACAGUUAUUUGCAAAUAUUAGCAACAAAUAUUCAGAACAUGUAUCCGUUCAUGGAAUGGUGUUUAUGCACGUGUUUGGAUUUCUUUCGGACCAAUACAUCAUUUUGAUAACAGUUUGUAUAACGAUCCACCGACUGUAAAUCAUCUAUUUAUUUUUAUAAUGUUCAGAGUUGUUGAUGAAAAUAAAGUUCAGCUUGACCUUG